AUGCCACCCGGUGAAACACCAGAAGAACAUGCUGAAUUAGUGAGAUUCCUGAUUGAGAACACCCAAAAUGUCACGGCGCCGAUAACUAUUGCUCAUCUGAUCAGAGUGUUCGAAAGGCAAAAUGGAAGGCGUUAUUCUGAGAAGUGCUUGACGAAAAGAGUUCAAAGAAUUCGUGAUAAAAUUCAUGAACUGGAUAACUGUGAUAGAGAUGCGAAAGUGAAGAUUAUCUUUGCAUUGAGUGGUUCGGUUAGUGCAGAAUUUCUGAUUGAGUUAAGAAGUAAUGCAGAAGUUGAAGUGGACAAUGAACAACGAAUCACAAAAUACAGAGAUAUAAAUGGAAAUCUCGAAUUAAGUGGAAAACAUGUAAAAGUUUAUCCCGGCUGCUAUGAAAUAAAAAUGAUGGAGUGGUUGGCUCAAAAAUCAAAAACAUUAUUGACACCGAUCAAUAUAGAAACCCUGGCAAAAGAAUACAAGGCGUCGGCCAAAUGUUUACCCAAUGUGAUUUACCUUGAAGAGAGAUUCCGGAUAAUCAGAAACAAAAUUCACUCUUUUCCAUAUUACGAUUUACCUUCUAAAGUUCGAAUGAUUUUUAUCACAAGUGCGCAGAUCGAUCGAAACUUUCUGGAUAAGCUGCGAGAAACUGGAAAAGUGGAAGUGGAUGAUCAGAAUAGAAUCACUAAAUACGCCGCAAACGACGAAACUUUGACUCUUGAGGGAGAUCACAGUUAUAAACCGAGUAUAAGUGAAGACUCUGACUAUCUCGAAACACGCGAAGGAUCCAUUGAAAAAUCAAUCAAAACUAACAGAAAAUCUGAAAUUGAUAUCACCGAUAUUGACGAACACAAGGAAAAUCGUCUAGAAGCUGGUUCUGAUGGGUUGGAACCAAACGAGAUCGCCGUCGAAAACCAAAUAGAAUCGGAUUGCGAGAUUCCAAAUAAGACUGAGGAGGAUCAAAAUAUUGUUGAAUCAGUUUCAUUCUUACCAAGUUUUCCAAAACAAACAAACAUUGAUGAGGAAGAAGACGGCUUCAUUGAAGUUCCGAUGGAAGAAGUCUUCAAUCAUUUCGAUUCGGAUGAUGAUGAGGAUUCGGAAAUGAAGGAAAACAUUCAAAAACCAGCAACAUCGAGUCUCAAAGACUUUCUUCAGCAUCUUCUCUCAUAUUUGGUGGAAUUAAAUUCUCCUAUUAUGAGCUAUGUUGUCAAGAACAUGGAGGGAUUAGUCAGAGUUUUGGGAGAACAUGAUAAAGAAGUUCCCAUCAACAUCCUUCUCGAUUUCCUUGAAUCGUGCCUUUCAAUCUUUAUGCACAAUGCCGGAUGGAACUUGUCUGAACACGAAGAAUCAACAAGUCUCAAAGAGUUUCUUGUAUCAAUCAGAACAAUUGUCUGUUCAAUCAGUCAUUCUUCUCUUUAUGAUUUCUAUCAGAAAAUCAGAGAAUUCAUGAGAGAGCUUAAUUUUCAAGAUAAGACAAUCUCCAUCGAAGCUAUUCGGGAUGCGUUGGAUACUUCACUCGAAAUUGUUUCUCGGUGGAUUUAUGAGAAUAAUGUUCUCUAA